AUGACUGAACGUCCGUCGGGACUAGCCAGGAAUCCAACGGCGCCGCCUGUCAUGGCAAAUGGCCACUUUGCAACGAUCGGCGAUGGUGCCGAUGACACCUCCUACGAGCACGGUGUGCAAGUCAUUGACGAGAAUAAGGAGUUCAAUGCGAAUCUGUCGAAAUACCUCUCUAUCGAAGAUGUCACCCCCGCCGGCUUCAAUUAUCAUCUCAUCUCCGUCUUCGGUUCGCAAUCGACCGGCAAGUCCACCCUACUGAACCAGCUUUUUGGCACCCAGUUCUCGGUCAUGUCCGAGCUGGAGCGGAGGCAAACAACAAAGGGUAUCUGGCUGUCAAAAAACAAGAAGCAGGGAGAGCAAGCCGAGGCCGACGGCACCCGGAUGGCGGAUAAUAUUCUGGUGAUGGAUGUUGAAGGCACAGAUGGUCGCGAGAGAGGAGAGGACCAGGACUUUGAGCGAAAGAGCGCACUCUUUGCGCUGGCAACUAGUGAGGUGCUUAUUGUCAACAUCUGGGAGCACCAGGUGGGGUUAUACCAGGGAGCCAACAUGGGUCUGCUCAAGACCGUGUUUGAGGUGAACCUGCAGCUCUUCCUGAAGGAUAAGAAUACUACGCACCGAUCUCUCCUGUUCUUCGUUAUCCGUGACUUCAUCGGCUCGACCCCACUUAAGAACCUCCAAAAGACACUACUCGAGGAUUUGUCCCGACUCUGGUCCACCAUUUCAAAGCCGGCUGGCUUGGAGAACUCGACAAUUCAUGACUAUUUUGAUUUCCAAUUCUACGGCCUGCCGCACAAGGGCUACCAGCCCGACCAAUUUGUGGCUGAGACUAAGAAGCUGGGUUUGCGCUUCCGUGAAGGCCAUCGCGACCCGAAGCGGGAUGCGCUGAAGGGCGAGUUUUCUGAGGGGGGUGUCUUCCUACCAGAAUAUCAUCGAAGAAUUCCCGCGGAUGGAUUUUCGCAUUAUGCGGAGGGUAUUUGGGACCAAAUCGUCAAUAAUAAGGACCUGGACCUGCCCACGCAGCAGGAGCUACUGGCGCAAUUCCGUUGCGAUGAGAUCUUGCGGGAGGUUAUGAUUGGUUUUGACGAGGCAAUCACUGCUUUUGAAGACAAACAGAGCGACGCUGUGCGCUUAGGGGCGCCUGAGGUGCUCGGUGGCCUGGGAGCAGCCAUGCGGUCUGCACGCUCUAAAACCCUCAAAGGGUUUGAAACAGAAGCGAGCCGGUACCACAAGGGUGUCUAUCAGCGUAAAAAGGCCGAGUUGGAGGGCAAAGUUGACACCCGACUGAAGGCCCUGUUCCAUGGCCAGCUCUCAGCUGCGCACAAGUCUGGUAUUCAGGACUUCAGUGACGCUGUUACCGAUGCUGUCAAGUCUGGACAGAAGAAAGGCGGUAACUAUGACUUCGCUGAGAUCGUGAACAAGGAGUCUAAGACUUCGCUCGAGAAAUUCGAAGAGAUUGCCCGCUCGACAUUGGUCGAGGGCACGUCCUGGAGUAACUAUAAGCAGGAACUGAAGCUAUACGAAAAGGAGCUGUCAGAAGUCAGUGCUCAUCUACGACGGGAUGAAUUGAGACGGCUGGCGAGCCGUGUUGAGCGAUGGGUUCAGUCUCGAUUGGGUGAAUCUGUUGGACUUGAAUUUAAUAACCUCGGAUCUGGACGCGCAGGAGGCGGUGCUCCUGAGAACGGAGAGAAGCCCACCGAGAAGGCGUUCUGGGAUCGGGUAUGGAAUGUGUUCGUGGAGACUGUUCUUGACGCCGAGCGGAGAUUCACGGACCGUGCUAGCAGCUUCGAUGCCAGCCUCGAAGAGGUCGAUGUUGGCCUGUGGCGUCUGCGCCGCAAGUCUUGGGGUGUUUUGCGCGCCAAAAUUGACGAGGAGAUGACCGAGGGCAAUCUGCUUCUGAAGCUGCGAGAGAAUUUUGAGGACAAGUUCCGGUAUGAUGAGGCCGGUGUGCCUCGAAUUUGGCGCCCAACAGAUGAUAUUGAAGGAAUUUACACUCGCGCUCGCGAGUCCACCCUGACUGUGAUUCCUCUUCUGGCUCGUUUCCGCCUUGUUGAGACCAACGCUCCACCCCCGCUUGACCGGUGGGUUGGCCAUACCCCCAGCUCCGCAACUGCCGCGGAUGAGGAGGACCUGCCUCCGAUUGGCGGUGUCGAUGAAGAUGAGGGCAAGAGUCUGGAAGAGGAGAUGACAAUUCUGGGUGAUGCCAAGCGUCAAGAACUCAUCGUGCGCUUCAAGAAGGCCGCUGACGGUGUGUAUGUCGAAGCGAAACGGAGUGCUAUCGGGGGAAUGACUCAAGUCCCUUUGUACUUCUACGGCUUAUUGCUGGCCCUUGGCUGGAACGAGAUCAUUGCUGUUCUCCGCAAUCCUGCUUACUUUUUCCUGCUGUUCGUUUGCGCGGUCGGCGCCUACGUGACCUACCAGCUUAACCUGUGGGGUCCCAUUCUGAAGAUGACUGAGGCCGCCUCUCAGCAGGCUCUGGAAGAAGGCAAACGCCGCCUCCGCGAGUUCCUUGAGUCCUCCGAUACUGGACGACAGGCCAUUGCCAUGUCAGCAUCAGAUCGGGGAUCGUCGAGCCCUAAGGAAGAGUAUGAGAUGACAGACAUGCCAAAGCGUGGUUCUGGCUCGAAGACCCAUGAAGACCUGGAUGACCUGUAA